GAUCAACUGGAGCCAACUCUAAACGCUUUGAACUAUAGGCAACUCGCAAUUAUACGUAAUUAUCCCGUCGACUGGAGUUUUGCACCCAGGACACACGCACACUCGCACACUCACGAUGUCUGGCCUCAAGAAAUUCCAAAACACUGAGGAAUGGCGUCAGAAACUCCGCCAGUUCCUAAUGACCGAGCGCUUGCCGAAAAAGCCCGUAAAAAUGGACGAAUCGAAGGAUAUGCGUUACAGUUUGGAGAUAGACGAGGAUUUGAGGAGACCCAUCGAGGAGCGGGCCAAGAAAGUUCUGGCCGUUAAUUCUGCUAGCCAAAUGACUAUCAAUCUCGGCGAGGAUACCAUGUACGAGGGAGGGGCUUUAGAGCACUUGGAUGAUGCCGACGAUAGCUUCAGUGCCUUCGAAAGAAUGUGCGACAAAACGGGCUCCGAUCCUGACAGCACUCUUUUUCAGUACCUGCACAGCGAGGACCGAAGCCAGGUGAUGUCCAGGGCCAAGGAUCGCAGCACCGACGAUCAGAAGGAGAUCGAUGCACUGCGUCGCAUGCUAGAGGCAGUGGGCACAGAAGACGAUCUACUGGAGAACGAAAGUCCCGUCAAGGGGGUGGAGUGCACCCAGUUGGAGGACGUUGAGGCGCCGUCGCGCCUCUGGGACAACACCCUAACCGGAAUCGAUGAGACCCCGUCCAGCUCUGGGCUGACUCCAAAGUCUCUGACCAAGGUUUCGCCGGUCAAAAUGAUAGGCCUGCUUCGUCCCUCGACCAUCAUCGAGGACAGCGAACUGGAGUCGUCGGAUGUGUCUUCCCAUACAAGCUUCCAAAGCGCUCGCACACUGAAGACAAAUGCAUCUAGUUGCUACGAAACAGCCACGGAUAGCUCCCUCAGUGGAACACUCCUUAACGUCGAUGAAUUGUUCUACGCCGCAAUUGCCAAGGCCAAGCCAUCAGGAAUGUCUAAGGGAGAGGAGUUGGAGCUUUUAAGCGAUCUUCAUGUCAGUCUAAAAGAGCUUGCCUCACUUCCGCAGGAGGAAGUGGAGGAGGAAGAGGACGAGAUAGAAGAUACAAUAAUCGAGCUUUCUUCUUCUGACGAUGAAGAAGUGCAGCUAGUUUCAGAAGUCAAACAAGAAGACACGUCCAGUGUAUCUUCAGUCCACGAAAAGGAUCCCGUUGAGCAGGAGCCAGCGGAGGAGAGCAUUGAAAAUAAGGAAAACUCCUUGCAUUUCAAUGAUACCAUGGAAGAAAUGCAGUACAUGAUGCAAAAGGGUAUGGAAUACAUGGCAGGUGGAGUGUUACAAACCGCCGCAGUCAAGCCUGAUAGCCCUGUGCUGACCAAACAAAGCACGUUCGUAGUUUCACCGAAGCCACAACCAAAAUCACCGGCUGUUGCUUUUUUGCAGCCAUCAUUACCGCUGCGAUCAUCUAACAAGCCACAAACGGUUGUAGCAUCGCCCAGCAAGGGUAAGAAGCCGCCCAAGGUCGACCUCACCAUGGAGUGGACCAAAAAGAAAUUCUUCUCUGCAGCCUCUGGUAUUCCUCAACGUCGCCAACAACUGAUAAAGCAGCCCUACGCCAAUAUUGUUAGUCCUAUACGCACUUACACCCAGAAGUCUGGUACUGCUCCUCUAAUGAGUACAUUCCGUCCAACCAGUACUGAUAUGCUAUCUACCCUGGCCAUCAGUGAGUUGGAGCAGGAGUCUCGCUUGUGUCGCCCUAAAGCACUUUUCGCAACAAAGGGCGGAAUAUCCGAGUCGAGUGAAGCGGAGUCUCUAAGGAUCAAGGGAAUCGACUUAACCGCUCACCUUCUUCCAAAAAAGGCUUACAUAUCCUCAGAGAUAAAGCAUGUGGUGGAUGAAAGAACUCCUGUUCCCAUGCCAAAGGUACCUCAAAUUCAAAAAUACCUUAACUCCGCCGUGGAGCCCACUGUUUUGCGCCAUGAUGGCAAAAUGAAAAUGCCCGGCGAAGUAGCCCGCAACCCUUCUUCGUCGCACAUCCCACGCCGCGCCAAUCACAGCCUGGCUGAUCUGUCGCUCGCCUCAGGCGACGUGUCCUUGUACACAAUAAGAGAUGCCCAAAAGUUUUAAGGCCCAUAAAAGUACUUCACGCUCUUAGGCUUAAUAUUGCAACGAUAAUAAAUGUAUUGAAUAACUAGUGCUAGUAAA